UUGGUAUCCAAACACACGCAACUCCCGUGUUCGAAUUUCUUGACAUUAUACCAUGUCAUUCAUUCGUAAGUACGCAAGGAUGGCCUUGGUCGUUAGAGGUGCACGUCUGGGACAAGGGCGCCUCUUUACCCGAGGCGUUAGCAGUGAAUCAACCCCAGCUACGAAGACAGAGGAAUCGUCAGAGAUCGUAGCUCCCGCUCCCCCCCGAGAUGUUAUGGUUGCAGAUGUCGUGAGUGGCGCUCCAGAGGAACUUCGUCACCGAACGGUGCGAAUAUAUCAGCCCACUCGGAACACUAUGCAAAGCGGGGCGGCGAAAACGGAGCGCUGGCGUAUAGAUUUUGAUACGAUGUUGACCGGUGGUCAUUGGGAGAACCCCUUGAUGGGUUGGGCCAGUUCGGCUGAUUACAUGCAAGGAACAAGGGUUUCGUUUAGGUCGAAAGAGGAUGCCAUGCAUUUCGCGGAGAAACAGGGAUGGGAUUAUUAUGUGCAACCUCCCGCAACUAAGAGAGUUCCUCCUAAGAACUACAGCGAGAAUUACAAGUAUCACCCGGACACUCUUCGUAUUAUGAAGACCAAGUAAAGCUGCCCAUCGUUUUCAUGCACUUGUCUGUAUAUUGUUAGCCUUCAGCGUGCAUCAAAUGUGCGCUCAGCAGCGACGUAACAGUCAGGGUUCAAAGGAAUCAGAUGAAGCCAGAGAUACAGUAAUAAAGAACAAGUAGAAACUGUUUCGUCUCGUAAGAUAAUUUGCUGUAAAUCAUGUAGAGAGGAACGGUAAUUCUCCACUACACAGGCGAAGGUCGUCGUCAUCGGUCUACUUAUUGGUACGCUAAUAGGAGAACAAACGAAGAACCCAACUGCGAC